CUACCACCAUUCCAACCUUUCUUUCCUUGAACAAACACUCUCCUCUCUUCCUCAUAGUUUCUCCCCGGUGAUUAGAGAGAAAUUAGCAAACAUGCACAUAUACGAAGAGCAGGGUGCUGAACCAUCCACAGGCCUGAUGAUGAAUGAGGCGGCGGCAGCAGCAGCAGCAGCCGCUGCCUCCCCCGGCUCCGGUGGGUCGGGCUCGGCGGGGGCAGCGGAGAAGACCGCCGGGAGAGGCAAGAUCGAGAUCAAGCGGAUCGAGAACACGACGAACCGCCAGGUGACCUUCUGCAAGCGCCGCAACGGGCUCCUGAAGAAGGCCUACGAGCUCUCCGUGCUCUGCGACGCCGAGGUGGCCCUCAUCGUCUUCUCCAGCCGCGGCCGCCUCUACGAGUACUCCAACAACAGCGUGAAGGCAACAAUAGAGAGGUAUAAGAAAGCCAACAGUGACACCUCCAGCACAAGUACAGUUGCAGAGAUCAAUGCCCAGCACUACCAGCAGGAAUCUGCUAAGUUGAAGCUACAGAUCACCACCCUGCAGAACUCCAACAGGACUCUAGGAGGUGAUAAUAUCACCACCAUGAGCCACAGGGAUCUUAAGCACCUCGAGGGCAGAUUGGACAAAGGCUUGGGAAAGAUUAGAGCGCGGAAGAACGAAUUACUGUGUGCUGAAAUUGAGUACAUGCAGAGAAGGGAAAUGGAGCUGCAGAAUGACAACUUGUACUUAAAAAGUAAAGUUGCUGAGAGUGAAAGAGGACUGCAGACAGUGAACAUGAUGGGUGCAGCAUCAACAAGCGAGUACGUGCAAAACAUGGUCCAUUACGAUCCAAGAAACCUCCUGCAGUUCAACAUCAUGCAGCAGCCUCAGUAUUAUACGGAGCAGGAAGACAGAAAGGCCUUCAUCUCAGAUGAAAGAUGAAUCGUUUUGUACAAUGCAACUAUCUCAGUCAUGCAUGAAGCUUCAGGGGGGUUGAAGCUACAUGUAAUACUGUGAUAUUUUAUAUAACUAUAACUCUGGUGUGUGAACUUGUAAGCAUAUUGGCAUUAUCAGUGUGAUGUAUCUAUCAGUAACAAAUACUUCGACCUGUGCAAUUCAGAUACUUUGCCCUCGUUUUUCGCUUAUGUUUAUACUUACAAGGUAAAAUUUAAAUU